AUGGUCUGGUUUGCGUAUUGUGACGAUGAACCCGACUCCUUCAUCUCCUUCAACCCAGUCUUCACCGACACGCAACACAACCUCACAAACAACCCUAACAUCGUCUUCGACUUCGUAUUGGUUUACAGGCGAGCCCCCGAACCGGACUCAGAUUCAGACGAAACUCUUGAUGACCUCUGCGACUUAGAAACUCGAGUCUUUAGUGAAACCCUCGAGUUUGAUAGAGAGUGGCUCAUCGGUGGUGGCGAUAGGGAGCAGAUAAAAUCCAACGUCUUUCACAUUCUUGAGAUGAUCCAAGUCCCUUCUUACUCUGACAUUGUUCACACGUUAACUAUAGAUAUCUUGGAUUUAAAGAAACACGUGUCCGUGUCUGAUUCUCCCGAGAUUGAGAGGAUACGAGUCGAGAUUGAUACCAUUGUCCCUAGGUUUCCCGACGACGUCGAUAUGGAACUCGAGCUAUGA